ACCCGGUAGCAACUUGGUUCCUGCGCGGAUGCUGGGGCUGAAAGGCGACGGGCGGUAGACUGAGUGUGGAUCGCAGGAGGAGGACGCCGGAGCCCACCGUCCAUCCACUGCUACCAUGAUUCCGGUGUCGCUGCUGGUGGUGGUGGUGGGUGGUUGGACCGCCGUCUACCUGGCCGACUUGGUGUUGAAGUCAUCUGCGUAUUUUAAACAUUCUUAUGAAGACUGGCUGAAAACCAAUGGAUUGAGCAUCUCUCCUUUUCAUAUAAGAUGGCAAACUUCAGUUUUUAAUCGUGCCUUUUACAGUUGGGGACGGCGGAAAGCAAGGAUGCUUUACCAAUGGUUCAAUUUUGGAAUGGUGUUUGGUGUAAUUGCCAUGUUCAGCUCAUUUUUUCUCCUUGGAAAAACACUGAUGCAGACUUUGGCACAGAUGAUGGCUGACUCUCCCUCUUCUUCCUCUUCCUCCUCUUCCUCCUCUUCUUCCUCUUCCUCCUCUUCCUCCUCUCUUCACAAUGAACAGGUGUUGCAAGUUGUGGUUCCUGGUAUAAAUUUACCUGUCAAUCAGCUGACUUACUUCUUCGCUGCAGUCCUCAUUAGUGGUGUUGUACAUGAAAUUGGACACGGUAUAGCAGCUAUUAGAUUUCUUACAUGUUUUCUUAGGGAACAAGUUCGAUUUAAUGGCUUUGGAAUUUUUCUCUUCAUUAUUUAUCCUGGAGCAUUUGUUGAUCUGUUAACCAACCAUUUGCAACUUAUAUCACCAGUCCAGCAGCUAAGGAUAUUUUGUGCAGGUAUAUGGCAUAAUUUUGUCCUUGCUCUCCUUGGUAUUUUAGCUCUUCUUCUACUCCCAGUAAUUCUCUUACCAUUUUACUACACUGGAGUUGGGGUACUUAUCACUGAAGUCGCAGAGGACUCACCUGCCAUUGGACCCAGAGGCCUUUUUGUGGGAGACCUUGUCACUCAUCUUCAGGAUUGCCCUGUUACUAACGUGCAAGAUUGGAAUGAAUGUUUAGAUACUAUUGCAUAUGAACCCCAAAUUGGUUACUGUAUAAGUGCAUCAACAUUGCAACAAUUAAGCUUCCCAGUUAGAGCAUACAAACGACUAGAUGGUUCUACUGAAUGCUGUAACAAUCACAGCCUCACAGAUGUGUGUUUUUCCUACAGAAAUAACUUUAAUAAGCGUUUGCAUACGUGUCUACCUGCCCGGAAAGCAGUUGAAGCUACCCAAGUUUGUAGAAGCAAUAAAGAUUGCAAAACCAGCUCAAGUUCAAGUUUCUGUAUAGUACCAUCUUUGGAAACUCACACUCGAUUAAUAAAAGUGAAACAUCCACCUCAAAUUGAUAUGCUGUAUGUAGGACACCCACUGCAUCUUCACUACACAGUGAGCAUCACAAGUUUUAUCCCACGUUUCAACUUUCUAAGCAUAGAUCUGCCAGUGAUUGUGGAGACAUUUGUCAAGUAUCUGAUUUCUCUUUCUGGAGCUCUGGCUAUUGUUAAUGCAGUGCCCUGCUUUGCCUUAGAUGGUCAAUGGAUUUUAAACUCUUUCCUGGAUGCUACCCUUACCUCAGUGAUUGGAGACAAUGACGUUAAGGAUCUCAUAGGAUUUUUCAUCUUGCUUGGUGGCAGUGUACUUUUAGCUGCCAACGUGACACUGGGACUCUGGAUGGUUACAGCACGGUAAUAUUUGCUCUUGUCCAACGGAAUGUCUGAAGUACAGCUAAGUGGGAAUAUCUGUUGCCAUCGAAAUUCUUACUGGGUAUGAAAUGUAAAGUGUUUCCUCAAAACAUCUUGACCAACACCUUUGAGCUCCUAUAUCUAGAGAAUCCAAACUGUAGUAAAAAUGGAGUGGAAGAAAUGAAAAAGCGUAAUUCCUGGCUACACUCUAGUUUUAAAUAUUGAAUGUGCAAAUUUUGAAUGUUUGUGGAACAAUUUGUAAACAAUUGAAAAUUCAUUCAUGUGAUACCAUUUUGUGUGACUAUAUAGCAUUUUGGAAUAGUAAAAGGGAAAGCAGAAUCUGGUGGUAAAAUUGUAUAUAUGUGUGGUACCAGAGUUUGAAAUAGGGCCUCACUUAUGCUACUUAUGCUAAGCAAGCUUUCUACCACUAAGCUAUAUUUCCUGCCCCAGGAAAAUUUUAUUGAAAAGUGCCAUUAAAAUGAUGUAGGGGUGCGCACCUAUAAUCCCAGCACUUGCCUUUAUGUGUUUGGGAGGCUAAGCAAAAAGGAUCAUGAAUUCAAGGUUAUCCACCUUUAGCUACAUAGUGGGUUCCAGGUCAUCAUUGGCAAUAUAGCAAGACCCUGCCUCAAAUACACACACAGGCACACACACACUUACCAUUAAAGAUUUAGGGAUGGGCUCAGCAGUUAAGAGCAUUGCCUGCUCUUCCAAAGGUCCUGAGUUCAAUUCUCAGCAACCACAUGGUGGCUCACAACCAUCUGUAAUGAGGUCUGGUGACCUCUUCUGGCCAGCAGGCAUACACACAGAACAGAAUAUUGUAUACAUAAUAAAUAAAUAUUAAAAAGUAUGAAUUUUUUAAAAAAGAUUUAGGGACACUAGAUUUUGGUUAAAUGGAAGACUAAGCAAGUGUUCUUGGUUUUAUAGUGCUUGUCUUUAUCUUGUUUGUAAAGUAUUUUAAAGUUUAAUGGUGUAUUAUUCUAUACUCUGAAUACCAAGGUCUGAUUGUAAUUAAACCAGUAAAAUUCUAUGAAAGUAUCUGCUAACAUGAAAGCGAAAUCUCUGUACAAGUGAUAGCAAGUAAAUGGACAAAGUCGAAAGUAGGUAAGGCCUUUUUCAUAUCUCCACGCUUGUUCUAUAGAGUAUGCUUCAGGGAGAAUCUCCCACAGCAGCAUUUGAGCUCAGGCAGUUAGACAUGAAUUUGAGAUCUAAGCUGAGGCCUCUAACAGAUCACAACAGAGCAGACAUUGCAGCAAGUCUAGUAUCCACUUUAUAGAGUUUUGCAGCUUGGAACUCUUCCUUUAUGCUGUUCCCCUGAGCCGUACUCUGUCCUCACCAGCAUCUAGUAUGUUUCUCUCUGUUGGGGGAUUAAACACCCAAUCUUUAUUUUCUGUCUCCCCCAGGCUACCUCUGUGAGUACACAAAGACUUUGUGGGCUAGUGAGAAUGACCGCACAAAUACUGAUUUUCCAGAGUCUAGUAACACACUCUUGAGCCCUGAAGAACCUCAGUCGGUCUUGUGGAACCCUGGGAAAUUCAGAGUCACCUGGCCAGUGUGAAACUGUUAGUCUUAGGGAUAUAUGCACAUAUUUUUUUCUUUCAUGAAAAUAUAUAUUGGAUGAAACACACACACACAUUAGAAGUAAUGAAAGGCAAUGCUUCAUUGACUAAUAGCCGGAUAUAUACCUCCUUCCUGAAGUAAGGUACUUCAUGAGGUUACCUUUUUCAGAACAUUAGUUAUCUUAAGCGCCUAAAACUUUUAAAUUAAUUUUUAGAAAUCUUUUACAUUUUAUUCUAUAGAACCCAGCUUAGCCUCACACAUGCUAGCAACCAUUCUACCACUAAAUUACCCUAUAGGCCAUGAAAAUAUUUUAAUAAGAGGAAAUUCUAUCCACUAAACCUCAUUUCAUAUUCGCUGCUGAACACCUCUGUAGGGACCUUCUCUCCUCCUGGAAGUCCAGCAGAUUUGUAUACAAAUGGCUUCAUUGAUUAAGAAAGGAGAUGUUACAUAUUGUCUCUUCAGCUUCACUGUGGAGUCUUCUACUGUUAGGACUGUGUCAUUCAUACUCAGCUUUGUCUUCCUACAGUGCAUGAGAUAUCAGAAGUGCUUAAUUUGCUUGAAUGGUGAUUGGUGUAUAUUUAUGGAUAGAAAAGCAUGCUUCUAUUUAAGUAAGCUGUAAAAAAAUUGUUGAAUAUUUACUGUACAUAUAUGUUAACAUAAAAGAUUGAAGGUCUUUAUGUCCCUGAUGUAUUAUCAUUUUUUUUUUUUUGGUUUUUUGAGACAGGGUUUCUCUGUGUAGCUUUGGAGCCUGUCCUGGAACUAGCUCUGUAGACCAGGCUGGCCUCGAACUCCCAGAGAUCCGCCUGCCUCUGCCUCCCAAGUGCUGGGAUUAAAGGCGAGCGCCACCACCGCCCGGCGCAUAUUAUCAUUUUUAUGGGGAAAAAUCCAUUUUAGUUUCUGUAGAGCAAUUAGAAAAAUGAAUGAUAUUGGAAAACGAUUUAUGUUGGUGAUUUUGAUGAAGUAUCUUUGUGUUGUCACUUUGUUCAAUGGUAAGACUUUAUUCUCAGUGUUCCUAUUCUGUAUUGUUUACAUUUUAAGGUUUUUAUUUUAAUCAGAUGUAAUUAUAAAGAAUGUAUAUAUUAUUUUCAGCAUCUCAGUUUGAAGAGACAUACAGCUAAACUUGACUUUUUGAUAAUCAAUUCUUAGUCAUUGUGUUAACAACAAAUUGUAAACAUAUGCUUCAUAGUGAUGUGACUGUCUGUCAUCAUUGUGUCCUUGGUAUUUAUUGAGCAUCCACAUACUAGUGGCACACAGAUAUUUUUUCAAUAACUUCGGAGUGAGCUGUAAUUCAUUUUUAGUCUUUAACUUGAUGGUAUAAUAAUUGUCAGAAUUUGAUGGUUAGCAAUAAAAGAAUACAUGUAAACCAGCAUUUUACA